GGAACUAAUGAUACGAACCAGGUUUCCCAGCCGGACGGAAGAGGCGAGCGCACCGAGCGUCGCGUCGCGUCGCGGGAGCCCGGGACUCCCAAAGGGUUGCUCCCGCGACAUGGCCUUCAAUUUUGGGACUCCAUCGGGCACUACUGGCACCGCUGCAGCCACCGCGGCACCCGCGGGUGGGUUUGGAGGAUUUGGAACAACAACUACAACUGCAGGCUCUGCAUUCAGCUUUUCUGCCCCAACAAACACAGGCAGUACUGGACUAAUCGGCAGUACUCAGAACAAAGGUUUUGGCUUUGGUACUGGUUUUGGAACAGCAACGGGAACUAGCACUGGUUUAGGCACUGGUUUGGGAACUGGGCUAGGAUUUGGAGGAUUUAAUACACAGCAGCAGCAGCAGCAGCAAACUACAUUAGGUGGUCUCUUUAGUCAGCCUACACAAGCUCCUGCCCAGUCCAAUCAGUUGAUAAAUACUGCAAGUGCUCUUUCUGCUCCAACACUAUUGGGAGAUGAGAGAGAUGCUAUUUUGGCAAAGUGGAAUCAACUGCAGGCUUUUUGGGGAACAGGAAAAGGAUAUUUCAACAAUAAUAUUCCUCCAGUGGAGUUUACACAAGAAAAUCCCUUUUGCCGAUUUAAGGCUGUAGGUUAUAGUUGUAUGCCCAAUAAUAAAGAUGAAGAUGGGCUAAUGGUUUUAGUUUUCAACAAAAAAGAAACAGAUAUUAGAAGCCAACAACAGCAAUUGGUAGAAUCAUUGCAUAAAGUCUUGGGAGGAAACCAGACCCUGACUGUCAAUUUAGAAGGUAUUAAGACAUUGCCAGAUGAUCAGACAGAGGUUGUCAUUUAUGUUGUUGAACGUUCUCCAAAUGGCACCUCCAGAAGAGUUCCAGCAACAACACUAUAUGCUCAUUUUGAGCAAGCCAAUAUUAAAACACAGUUGCAGCAGCUUGGUGUAACCCUUUCUAUGACUAGAACAGAACUUUCUCCUGCGCAGAUCAAACAGCUUUUGCAGAAUCCUCCUGCUGGUGUUGAUCCUAUCAUUUGGGAACAAGCCAAGGUGGAUAACCCUGAUUCUGAAAAAUUAAUUCCUGUACCAAUGGUAGGUUUCAAAGAACUUCUUCGAAGACUAAAGGUUCAAGAUCAGAUGACUAAGCAACAUCAGACCAGAUUAGAUAUCAUAUCUGAAGAUAUUAGUGAACUACAAAAGAAUCAAACUACAACUAUGGCCAAAAUAGCACAAUACAAGAGGAAACUCAUGGAUCUUUCCCACAGAACCUUACAGGUCCUAAUCAAACAGGAAAUUCAAAGGAAAAGUGGCUACGCUAUACAGGCUGAUGAAGAACAGUUACGGGUUCAGCUAGAUACUAUUCAGUGUGAACUAAAUGCACCUACUCAGUUCAAGGGUCGGCUAAAUGAACUGAUGUCCCAAAUCAGAAUGCAGAAUCAUUUUGGAGCUGUGAAAUCUGAAGAAAGAUAUUACAUAGAUGCAGAUCUGUUACGAGAAAUCAAGCAGCAUUUGAAACAACAACAGGAAGGCCUUAGCCACUUGAUUAGCAUCAUAAAGGAUGACCUAGAAGAUAUAAAACUGGUUGAGCAUGGAUUGAAUGAGGCCAUCCAUAUCAGAGGUGGUGUCUUUAGUUGACAGCAAACUUGUUUCUGAGAUCUCUAAAGUGCAUCCUCUUACCACAGGCCUUCCUUAAGAUGACCACAUGGGAGAAAAAGGAUCCUUCCUGGCUGGGAUUUUUGAGGUUACUGACAAAUUACUGUUACUAAAUCUGAAAUGGUCACCUCACAGCUCUUCAAAGAAACCUUUCAAAAACUUGCAUUUUAAAAAAGUACAUAAUUACCCAAAGUGUAUGUACUGUCCUACGUUUUAUAACAGCGUUAACGUAAUUAUGGUGUUUAAUGAUUAUUCUCCGGUCUUUCUUCCUUAGCAAAAAUGAAGUAUAUACUUUAUAUAUAAUAAAAUAAACUGUAUGAUUAUUUGGCUGUUGGAGACUUGUACUUCAGAAUGUAAAUGUACGUCAGUUUUUAUAUGUAAAUUCAUCUAUGGUAGAAGUAAAGAAAAGCCCAAAGUAUUUAAUGAUUUAUGUGGUUUCCUUUUUGUUCUAUAAAGAAUUGAAAAUAUAUUUUUAUAUUAUUUUACUUAUUUGGAAUUUACAGACCAUACCUAAACAAUUAGGAUAUAACAAUUACCAUUUUUGCAAUUUUUUUGUUUUUGUUCUUUUUAAAACUUUUUAUUUCUAAAAAUGAAAACUUUAAAAUAAAUUGUUCCAUUUGUAAUU